UAAACAAAAAAACUAAAUUUCCAUAUAAUCCGAUGCUAAUAAUUUCCGGCAUAUUUUUAGGCUAUUUUUACACAUAAAUUGGUAUUAUAGGAGAAGCCACAUAAAUAAUACUUGAGAUAAAUCCACAUGUAAUCCAAUAAGUUUUUAUUCCCAUACUUAUAUUCGAAAGUGGAUUUAAUACUGACAUAUAUAUAUUUAAACGAUCUUUUAUAAACAUUUUUAUUCUUGCUGUUCCAGGAGUACUAAUAAAUGCAAUUUUAUUAGCUUUUACAUUAAAAAUAAUACUCAAUUAUGACUAAGAAAUAUCAUGGUCAGCUGCAUUUACAAUAGGCUGUAUUUUGUGUGCCACUGAUCAUCUUUCUAUAAUAAAAAUUUUAAAACAAUUAGGUUCGUCUAUAAGACUAUAUACAUUAAUUCAAGGUGAAAGUCUUCUCAAUUAUGGAACCGCAAUGACUUUUUAUUAACUUUUUUUAAAUAUAGAAAAAAAUACGUAGAAUUCUUUUUAAGAAUUAACAAUUACUUUUUUUAGAUAAAUAAUAGGGGGACCACUUUUAGGUAUUUUUGCAGGAUUAAUAGGUUCAUUUUGGAUUCGAAAAAUUAUAAGAGAUGAUGUACUUACUUCAUGUGUGACUUUUAUAACAUGUUAUAUUUGUUUUUAUAUUGCCGAGUUUACUUUUUUGGGUGUUUCGGGUAUUUUAGCAGUAGUUUUUUUGGGACUCUUUAUGAGUGCUUAUGGAAAGACGAAGAUCUAUCCAGAAAGUGAGCAUGCUGUACAUACAAUUUGGUCAUUUGUAUAAUAUGUAUGCGAAACUUUAAUAUUUAUUUUUUCUGGAAUAAUAAUUUCAUUUGAAAUGAUUGGUCAUUCGACAAUUCAUUUAGAUGAUUGGAUAAAAUUACUAAUAUUUUAUAUUAUAAUGAUUUUUACUAGAUAUUUAAUGAUUAUGUGUUUUUACCCUUUUCUUAAAAUAUUAGGCUUUGGAAUUUCUAAAGAAGAAGUAUAUGCACUUGUUUGGACAGGUUUGAGAGGUGUUAUUGGUUUGACACUUUCUCUUAUGGUUAUGGUAGAUGAUAAUAUAGGAAAUGUUAGAUUUAAAUAGCUUACGAUGUUUUAUAUGGCAGGGAUAGCAAGUCUUACUUUAAUUAUAAAUGGAACAACUUGUGGGUUUGUGCUUAAAAAGUUGAAUUUGAUUUAAAUUCCUCAUAUUAGGAAAAGAAUAUUGCAUAAUUCUUUAAAGGAAUUAGUUAUUAGUUGUACUGAAAAAGAAAAAAAGCUAAAAAUUAACACUUAUCUCUAACUGGCAGAUUGGGAUAAAAUAGAAUCAAUGUCUGGUUUAUAGGAUAUUAAAGAUAAUAUUUAAAGACAAGAAUAGAAUAUCAAAAAUUAUAAUAGAAAGUCAUCUUAUACUGGAUUUAAUGAUGUUGAUAUUUUAACUGAAAUUCGUUUUAAAUUUUUAAGAAAUCUAAAAAGACUUUGUUGGGAAUAUUAUGAUAAAUCUUAAACCAGUUCAUAAGCAGCGAAUUUAUUAGAAGAAAGUAUAAAUAUAUAAUUAGAAAAUACAAAAAAGCCUUUAUAAUUAUGGGAUAUCAUAUACAUGAAUUUUAUAAAUUAUAAAAUAAUUUAAUUUAUGUUUGCAAUUAAUAAUUUACCUCUAAUUGGAAGAAUUGCUAAGAAAUAUUUAACACAUCAUCUUGCUUUUAUUUAUGAAGUAUCUACUACAUUUAUAAUAAUUGGAAAUUAAAUACAAGAAGUUUAAAAAGAAUUACCUUUAAGAAAAGAUUUUCUAAAUACAGUUCAUCAUGAAUUGUAAUUUAAUAUAAACCAAGCCAAGAAAUACAUAUCGGAACUUUCGAACAAUUUUUCUGAAAACGGAUAUAUAGACAAAGAAGACUACAAUAAUGUGUAAAAAAAAGUAGAUUAAAAUUAAAUUUUAUUAGAAAAUAUGACUUUCGAAUGGUCUAUCCCUACGUUUUAAUAAUUUAUGUUAUAAUUUCCUUUUUUUAGUUCUCUUACAAGAAUCGGGGGUAUUUUAAAUUUUGCAAAUUGCACUCUAAUGAAUAAUUAAAUGUCUGUUUCUACUGCAAUUGCUUCAAUAGAAACAAAUGGCAGGCCCUUUGAAAAAUAUGGAAGAAAACAAUCUAAAUGA